AUGUGUCCAAAUAAUAAUAAAAAACCCAUUGAAUCGAGAAAACAAAUUUUCUUUACGGAUUUCAUCAGAUAUGAUUCAACAUAUCAAACAUUUGAUUUUAAAUUUACCGAUGAAUCCGAGGCGUUAUUUGAUAAAAAGAAAUGUAUUAAAUUAUGGGUAACGAAUUAUAGAGUUGGAAUUUAUUGUUAUAUUGGUGGUACGAAGGUUACACUCGAGAAUAAAAAUAAUAAGGGUAAAUUACAAGAUGAUUUUUGUUGCUUUGAGGGUAAUAAUUAUGAAAAAAGUUAUGGAAUUUUACGUGAUAAAGGCAAAGUGGAUAAAUUUCAAAUGCAAGAUAUCAAAGUAAAAGAUUCUUUACUUGUGAAAACAUUAGAAUGUUUGCUGAAGCCAAAAUGUUGUAAUUAG